AUGCCGAGAUUUCUUGGUGUAUCCGAACUUCCGGAGCGAAGAUCGAUCUGCAUAUGGAUGGAAAGUCCCAAGAAUGCGAGGACAGAUAGCCCAGUUAACUCCAAUUCCUUUACGCUAAUGACUGCUAUGAUAUCAAAUGCAGCACAAACUUCUUGGUACAGCGAAUGUAAUGAUGAAUGCUUGAAGCUGAUUGAAGCGAAGUUUAGGUUCGCGGAUGAGCUUUGUAGUCUUUUUGAACUCAAAUAUACAACUUCCAGACUUAAAGAUGAUGAUAUCUACCAUUUCCCCACUAGCUAA